AUGGUUGAAGCUCGGGAGCUGCGGAAGGAACGGGAAUUUAGUGGUCUGGAGAAGAUAAGAGUGGGUUUACAGCUAGGGUUGGGUUUCAAUUUCAAAGGGCAGGAGGUGGAAGUGGUAUCGGCGGCAGUUCUGGCUGAAGCAGCGUGUGAUAUAAACGAGAAAGAAGCUGAGACCGCUCACCCGCCGACGGGAACAGAGAAGGGGACUUUACAGUUUUGA